ACUUCCGCGUCGGGCCCCGCGGCGUCCGGCGGCCGCGCUGAGGGCCGGGCGGGCCGCAGAGGUGGACCAGGACCACCCUUGUUUUGCACUUUCUGAAAGCAUUUGAAGGCAAAAAUUCAGGUGUUGCUGGGAACAAUGGAAGGUCACAAGGCAGAAGAAAAGGUGUUAGAUAUUCUUCGACUGAAUGUGGGCGGCUGUAUUUACACAGCCAGACGUGAGUCCUUGUGCCGCUUUAAAGACUCAAUGCUGGCAUCCAUGUUCAGUGGUCGUUUUCCUCUAAAAACAGAUGAAUCGGGGGCUUGUGUUAUUGACCGUGAUGGACAUCUAUUUAAAUACCUUUUGGAUUAUCUUCACGGAGAAGUUCACAUUCCCACAGAUGAGCAAACCCGUGGUGCUCUGCAGGAAGAGGCUGAUUACUUUGGCAUCCCUUAUCCAUACAGCCUGUCUGACCACUUGGCCAAUGAAAUGGAGACAUAUUCUUUAAGGUCAAAUAUAGAACUUAAAAAGGCUCUAACAGACUUCUGUGAUUCAUAUGGUUUAGUUUGCAAUAAGCCAACAGUUUGGGUUCUUCACUAUCUUAACACAUCUGGUGCAAGCUGUGAGAGUAGAAUUAUUGGUGUAUAUUCCACAAAAACUGAUGGAACAGAUGCUAUUGAUAAGCAGCUGGGAGGAAGAAUUCACAGUAAAAGCAUUUUUAAAAGAGAGGCGGGAAAUAAUGUUCAGUACAUUUGGAGCUAUUAUUCAGUAGCUGAACUGAAGAAAAUGAUGGAUGCCUUUGAUGCCUGGGAAGGAAAAGGUGUUAGCUACUGGCGGGUGCCUCAUGAGCUGAUAGAAUGUUGGACCCUGGAAGAGCGGCCCUUACUUGGAAGCCUCCGUCACAUGGCCCCAAUUCGAAAGAGGCGACUGAUGGCUUUCAAUGAAGAGGAAGACGAAGGUGUGAACUGUAAAACUGGUCCCAAGCCAGUCAGAUUCCUGGGCCCUUCCACCAGCACCCAAAUUAAAGUCAAGAACUCGGCGUCGGUCAGGGUGUCCUCGGCCAGCGCCCUCCAUUCUGCGGGCGGAAAGGCAGCGCUGCGCUCGGCGCCGCCGAAGGCUCCGUCCCCCGCGGGCACUGCGCAGCCCGGGCAGCCCCAGGCUCUUCGUGGGGCCGGGAGCGCUGAAAACGGAGCCGCGCACCCACCCCCCGCCAAGGUCCUGCUCUCCGACAAGAAGACCACCCCGCCCAGAGUGAUAAAACUGAAGCGGACUCCACUGUGCGCCGCCGGGCCGUCCCCGCCUGCCGCAAGCGCAGCCGCAGCUGCAGCCAGGCCCGCGGGGCCCCCGGUGUCGGCCCCGGAAGCCCCCCAGGCGCACGCGCGGACUGAAAACGGGCGGGGCCAGGCUGAUUGA